AUGGUGGAAACUGCUGCGAGCAACCGAGAGCUGUCGAGCUGGAACGGAUUCCAAUGGCGUCGGAAGAUCGAAACAUUCGGUCUUAACGACGAGGCGAGAGUCGCACCUGGCCCCAAUGGCGAGAUUGAUGGAAUCUGCCAGCAUGGUCAGCUCACUGACAAGGGCCGAGAGACGACCUACGCCUUAGGCCAACGCCUGCGCCAUCUUUAUGUCGAUCAACUCGGCUUUAUGCCUCAGAUCAAGCAGGAUACUGAGGAUAUGUACUUGCGUGCGACCUCCAUUCCCCGUGCGCUGGAGUCUAUGCAACAGGCAUUCUGGGGAAUGUAUCCACCCAACGCCCGUACCCUGGACUUCCCGCCUCCGGUUAUCGUUGCCCGUCCCGUAAACGAGGAGACCCUUUUCCCAAAUGAGGGUAACUGUCGCCGAUUCCGACAGCUCGCUCGUCUGUUUGCUGAUCGUGCCGCUGUGCGGAACGAAUCUGAGCAGAUGGACUACCUGAAUAAGAUCUGGUCUAAGUAUAUGCCCGAGUCAUCACCCAAGGUCGCUGUGGAUGCCCAUCCUCGUCUCUCUGGAAUAAUGGAUACGAUCAAUGCCACUGAUGCUCACGGGCCAGCCACAAGGCUCCCAUCCGACUUUUACGACAAGAAGGGCCGCGCCAUCCUUGACCGCAUUGCCGUGGAAGAGUGGUUUGCCGGUUAUAACGAAAGCCAGGAAUACCGCAAGUUGGGUAUUGGUGGUUUGAUGGGUGAUGUUGUUGACCGUAUGGUUAGCACCGCCGUGGAUGGCGGCUGGCGCAGCGAAACUUCCGCAUCUGGGUCUGGUCACCCUGGUGCUGGCAAGUCUAUCAAGUUCGCAAUGAGUGGAUGUCAUGAUACCACCCUCGCAGCUAUUCUGUCUAGUCUCGGAGGCUUCCAGAAUGAGUCAUGGCCACCUUUCACUUCGUCCAUCGCUGUUGAAUUAUUCUCCCAAGCCCCUAGCAGCCGUGCUGAUGCGGGUACAAUGCUUGAGGAAUUCUCUAACCCCUCCGUUUCCGCUAAGAAGGGAGGUGUGCUGUCCUCCUUGUUCAGUGGAAGCAAGUCUGCGCCCCAGCAGCUCGCCCCAUCUGCCACUGCCCGCGCAUCGCUCGACUCCUUCCCUGAUGAAUCACGCGAUGUCAUGCGUAAGCACUACGUUCGUAUCCGUUAUAAUGACCGGCCUGUGCGCAUCCCUGGCUGCGCAGCCAAGCCCGAGAAUCACCUCCCCGGAGAUGAUACCUUCUGCACAUUGGAUGCUUUCAAGAGCAUUGUCGACAAGUUCACACCCCAGAGCUGGACUACCGAGUGCAUAUCCAAUUUGGGCGAGGGCAUGUUUGGACCGGGUGACUCUGAGCGCAUCCCUGCUGAUGCCUAG